AUUGAUCUGGAUUUAUUAAUGAGAGGUGCUAGGCUGCUAGCUGUAGGCUACUAUUCAAAGAGAUGUAACAUUAUUUGGGAUAGCUACAUGUACAUGUACUUGGUGUGAUUGGUCAAUAGCUGGCCACAUGAUCUUUUAUUACAGGGAUUGUACUUAUAUGCUAGGAUGUUAAUCUGUGCGGAUGCGAGAGGCGGUUUUAGUAAACCAUUCACUGUCAAUCAAGUCAAUUCUAGAGCACCAGCGAGACAAGUCAGAGUGAGCUUUGAUUCCGAUCUGUGACACCAGAGUUUUCACCUUGCGAAUGGCUGGCUUUUGCCAUCACCUGAGAUUCUCCUAAUAUUGCAAGACCUGGUGCCAGAGCUUGCUAAAUUCAAGAUGUCUCCUCCGUCGCAGACAGUGAAUGGUUCAUCUGAGAUGAAGCGUCCCUUCAUUGGUCGAUGCUGUAAUCAAUGUGCACAACUCAGCAGGGAGAUGUUCUACUCAGAUGACUUGCCUAGUAUGGGUCUAAGGAACAUCUUAAAAAUGACAGCUCCUCCCAGAGCUGGUUUGCUGUUCAGAUACUUUCCACAUGUCGAUCAUGCUUUGUUCAGAGCAGUCAAUCAUUCAUAUCCCUCUGUACCUGAUGUUUCUCAAAGAGUGUUGGAGAAUCAAAGAGUUCAGCUUGCUGUUCAUAAAAGUGCAAUGUCAGAUAGUGAAGGUCGUUUAGACACAGAGAGUGAGUACCAGAAGGCCACUGAUAAACACAGAAGGAGAGCAAUGAAUGUCCUUAGACACAUGGCAGCAACGAUAUCAAAUUCACUCAUCAGGCUGACAGGAUGGUUACUACUCAAGAUCUUAGGUCUAUUCUUGAUCGGUGUCCAGGUUCAUGAGGGUCAAUUAAACAUGGUCAGACAAGCAGCAGAGAGCGGUGUUCCUGUCAUCAUUGUUCCUCUCCAUAGAAGUCAUCUAGACUAUGUCCUUCUAUCUUUCAUCUUUCAUCUCACCGGUAUCAGACUUCCAUUUGUAGCUGCUGGUGACAAUCUAAACAUACCAUUCUUUGGGUGGUGUCUUAGAAGAUUAGGAGCAUUUUUCAUCAAGAGAAAGCUAGACAAAGAGAUAGGCAAGAAAGAUUGGGUCUACAGAUCUACACUACAUACUUACAUGGAAGAAAUACUUCGGGAUAACCAAAACAUGGAGUUCUUCAUUGAGGGAGGAAGAUCAAGAAGUGGCAAAGCACUGGCACCAAAGGGUGGACUCCUUUCCUGUGUUGUAGAUGCCUACAGGGAUGAUAUCAUCUCUGAUGCCUACAUUAUUCCAGCCUCAAUCAGUUAUGAGAAAAUACUUGAUGGUAGCUUCAGCAAUGAACAGAUGGGGAUGCCAAAGAAGAAAGAGUCAUUUUUCAAUGCUAUUGCAGGAAUUUGGAGGGUUUUAUCAAGUGGAUUUGGCAAUGUCAGGGUGGAUUUCGCUCAGCCUUUCUCAUUAAAGGAAUAUCUGGGAUCCCCACCCCUUCCUACUGCUCUCAACAGCGACCUUCCAACAAUUGCACCUCGCAAACCUCGGCUGCAGAAGGCUGUUAGUGACCAUUCUCUCUACGGCACUGAUGUAGUGAUUGAGGAUCAAAGGCAGCUUAUCAGAGGUCUGGGAGAGCACAUUGUAUAUGAUUCUGUGAAAGUGAAUACAGCAAUGAGCACCAACUUAGUGGCCUUCCUUCUAUUAACUAAAUUCAGACAGGGUGUGGAGAUGUCACAACUGGUCAUGGCGGUCGACAACCUGAGGCGCGAUGUCUUGCUGCGAGGUAGGGACGUUGGCUUCUCUGGAGUGACCGCUGACGUGGUCAAGCACACCUUCAACCUUCUUGGUCCGGACCUCGUCGCGAGGCAUCGGACCAGGAGACAUCCUGACAUCGUCCCGGCAACAGACGGGAAUCGAAAGACAGAGGAGAUCAGGGAGAUGGUGGUUCCUAACACAGGGUUACCUCAUGUCUUUGAGCUGUCUUACUAUGCAUCUAGUUUAGUGUCUGUCUUUCUUAUGGAGUCCAUCGUUGCGUCGUCUCUGAUAGCCCUGUGCAAUGAAGACAUGCAUGUGAUUGAUAGCUCCAAAGAGAAUAAGAUUGUCCUCCCUCGUUCCAGAUUAUUGAAAAAGGCGGAGGAACUCUGUGACAUGCUUCAGUUUGAAUUCACCUUUGUACCGCCUUGUGGAAAUAUUGGACAUGCAAUCUCAGAAGCAAUUGAUAAACUUGUUCUCCAUGAGGUAGUCAAACUACAGCAAGGUCCAGACCCCCAGAAAUGGGCCAGACACAUUGGUAUAUCAGCUUCAUGGGACAGUGAAGGCAGUGAUGAAGAAAAUAUGCCAUUUGUUGACCUAAAGAUUGAGAUGAACACCAACCAAGAAUCCCUGUUGAGACUCUACUUCCUUCAGAGUAUCCUAGCUCCACUCAUUGAGGGAUAUUGGUUAUCGGCCUGUAACCUCAUCCGUCUGCUAGAGAUAGAUGUCCCUGAGGUAGACUUCUCCAAGGUUGUCAAUGAAUACUCCAAAGACAGGGUUGCCAAGGGUCUUGCUAUUUAUGCUGAGUGCUGUGCCAUGGACACCCUGCGGAACUCUUGGCGUCUGUUCAACCACUGGAAGGUGAUUGACUGUUACUUGGACUCUGACAAGAAGAGGAUGGUCCAUCUCAAUGAACCAUACAAGAGUGAAGAGAAACUUGGAGUGUUCAUUGACAGGAUAGAAGCCUUCAGGAAUUAGACAGUGUUAUGCUAUAGAUCUUGGACCUUGGGAAGUGAGUCUUUAGGAGGAUGUUCCUUUUGAGGAUCAAGGUCUUUGGAAGUAAGCUAACUUCUUGAAGAUUCAUCAAAAGAUCUUUAAGAGAUUGAAUUGAAAAAAUACCUUGAGAUUCUUCAGCAUUGCAAGUUUAACCAACUUGAAUUUUGUGUUUGGUUGGAAGGAAAAUGCCUUUAAGAGUUGGCUGGCUCCAUCUUGAAAAUCUGGAAGUAUGGCCCCUCAUACCUGAACCCUAGCUUUUGGAAGUGAAUCAAUGUCCACUAGACUCUGAAGAUUUUCAUCAGGUUUGCUUAAAGUCAUUGGGAUUUUUCAAGAUCAAAGAAUCUAAGCAAGAAUUUGUUGAACACUCCAGAACAUGUGUGUGUUUAUUUGGUAGAGAGGUCCUAGGUAGCUCCUUACUUGUGGUUGGAAAUGAACAGUCAUAUGAAAUGAUGCAUGCAAGUUCAUGAAAUCUAUUUGAAGUCAAUGAAUUGUUAGUGUGUGGAUGUAUGAGUGUUUGUGUAGGUAAGGGUGUGUGGUUUGGUGUGGGUGUGUUGAUAUGAAGGGGGUUGGGGAAUUAAAUGGAUCAUUUCAGAAGCUCAAAGGAGUCUUUAUUCAGUAGCAGAGUAGACUCAUUCUGGUAUGUAGCAAGUCUAACAUAACUGGCCUUACAAGCUUAACAACAAAAAACAUGGAUAUUUCUUUGUUUAUCAUUUAAGAAUAAAUCCUUGAUGCAAUUUAUGAGCACACUUUGUCUUGUAAAAUAGUAUAUUUGACAGAGUCUUUGUACGUAGGCAUCAUAAACUGGCUGUGAUGUGAACCAUCCAAUCCCUUAAGGUUGCACGCUUCUUGGCAAUGCUGAUUCUAUGAUCAUCAUAUCGUAUGUGAUAAAAGUGUAGAAUAUAUAAAUUUAACGAUGAACGCAUGGCUGUAUUCUUUGUUGAGUGAGGAUUUUAAAAAUAUGUGGAUAGAUAUACUGGUAUGGCACUUUUCAUAUAUUAAUUUACUUCAGUGAGUUAAAAGAGAAAGAGAAAUUGAGCAAGAGUGAGAGAGAAUUUAAAUGAAAUUAUAUUUUAAAACGAGUGAAGUUGGAGAGUGUUUGGGAAAAAAAAAAGAUUGCUUGAAAGGAUUACAUUAUUCACAAUUUCAUAUUUUAACAGAAUGCCAGUAUUGAAUACUACAGAGUUUGAAAUGUGUUGAAAAUCUGUGUAAAUUAUUCUUAUUUCUAUUGAAAUAUGACACAUCAUUCAUUUAAAAGCAGAAUUUGAAAAAGUUCACAAAGUAUAUGUGAAACUAUAGAUUUACUGGAUUAAUCUAGAAAAUUAGGAACAUGUUUCCUGCAUUUAAAUUGCUUACCAUUCAUGAUUUGAUUUGCUCAGUGCUUUUGUCCUGAAAGAAGUGGGUUUGUGAAAUAAUGUUUAUUUCUGUAUUGUGUCCAUUAUUUGAUACCCAGCUACUUGAAUGAUGAUCAUGAAAGUUCAUCUGUGUUGGUAAAAGAUAACGAUUUUGUUGAUUUUGUCACUAAGGUCAAAUCGGGUCACAUCGCUGACGAAGGUUGCAGUUAGCAGCCGAAAAUUUCGAGGUAACUCUUCGUUAUUUUCUGUUUUUUGUGUUGUGAACCAAAGUUCAACAAAAUCGCUACUUGAAUGAUGUUGUAUUAAAUUUUUAGAUGUCUGGUCAGUUUUUCAGGUUGAGUUUAAGUCGUGUACGUGUUAAGGACAGUUUUGUACUUGAUAAUUUGUGAUCAGUGCAUUCAGCGAUUGGAUGACACUAAGAUUUACUUUUUGUGUUGGAAUUAAAUAAAUAAAACCAAUAUACAGAAGGAAAAAAAGAAAUUGGGAAAAUUUGGGUAUAAGUUUGAAAUGUAAAUAACUCUGAUUAAAGUGGAUAUGCCUGUUUUGACUUUACUUAUUAAACUAAUGAAUUUGAAAUAUUUUGUUGCUCAAAAUAGUGUAAUACACAAAGUUUGGAAUUCACUUGUAUUUGAGAUAACACACCUCAUUGAUGCAAUACUGUGUAUAACACUUGAGUUUUCUACUUUUUCCCCUUUUUAACCUAAUUGCAUGUUUGUUAAAAGCACUGAAAAUUUGUAAAAAUAUAGAUGUAAAGUUGUUCGUUUACAAUACAUCACAUUUGUUCAGUUUUUCCACUAAGAAUUUGGUUAAGGUAUUUAAAAUAGCGUUUAAUCUUUUAAGUGCUUGUUACACUCAUGGACCUAUUAAAUGGACAUUCAACGAAUUCCCUCCUUUCGGCCAAAGACUGUCACCGCUAAUCCUUUUAUAAACAGAGCGCUGGCAGCUGACGCCCAUCAAGCCGGUCGUAAAACACGCUGUCACUGAUGGACAGCGGAAAUUAAUUGUAUGCUGCUCCCACCCAUUGUGAUGUUGUUCGUUCACUUUAUCAAAAGCAACACACAGCAGCGAACAUUAGCGCUAUGAAAAUGAUUGCAGAAACAAGAAAACAGGCGUGUAUAAACAUAUUUUUUACGUACAUCGCAAACAACCGCACACAAAAUGCAUUGACAUCACCGUGCAGAUCAGUAUAUCUACAGCAAAAAAGCAGUUCAAAUUUGACGGAGAAAUGUGCGGAAAAACAUUAAAAUGCAUCUUUUUCGGACAAUAUUGAUGUCGAUAGUAGCGCUUACCUUCGGUCAGAAGUUGAUUUUCAUUUGGGCGUAAUAUUCCAGAGGAUUGGCGAAAUUUAAUAGGAUUUUUUUCUGAUGAUCAGACGACAAUUGCACAGUAUUGACAGCAUGAAAUAAUGUAUUGAAAACCGGAAAUAAAUUGCGCAUUGCAUUAUAGGUAAUGUAGGGACUUUCCCUGAUUGCAGCAAUCAAGCUUACAUGACCGCAUUUGGUCGAAAGAGGGCCAGAGAUCGGGCGGUGACUGUCAAUGUCCGAGAAGGGAUUGAGUAAACAACCGCCCCGGGCGCUCGUAAAAAAAGCGCAAAGAGAAAGUUAACUGUGUGACAGCAAUUUUGACAGCUGGAAACAGGUGGUGGCCAUAAAAUGCUGUUGUUGAAUGUCCAUUUGUAAUAGGUCCAUGUUACACUAGCUUACUAGUUCUAAUAAUUGAUAAAACAUUUUGCAAAAUGAAGAUGAUUUUCAGCCGCAUGUGUGCUGGAGAGAAUUAACUUAUUUUCCUUCUCCUAAUUUACUUACCUCAUAAAUACAGAAUGAUUUGCUAUUAGUUUAUAUUCAGCAUGGAGUGGUGUGCACUACAUGAAUAUGUGGAAGCAACCUUGCAGAAAUCAGUAGUGUUAGGAGCCAAAAUAUUUUGAGGGGCCAGACAUGACGGAUGGGGCAAAAAUUUCUUAUAACCUGCAAGCGAGCGAAGCGUGUGAGCAAAAAGUGUUCCUUUUUUAUACAAAAAUUGUGUAGCCAUGUACAUUGGACUUACAUGCAACCGUUGGGAAGUGGUCUUCAUUGGAUACCUGUUAAUCAUAGAAUAGCCUUUAAAAUGCUACUUCUAGUACUCAAGGCCAUUAACCAGUAGUAUACAUUAGUGACGUGACUUGUUCAUUUAAAAACUCAUGAUCCAUUCAUCAUUAUUGGUUUGGCUGGUUCAGCAUUGCUCUAAGAAACAUGCUGAUGAUAUUUCUUUCAUGAUUGUAAAGCUGGAACAGGCUACCCACCUUCUUUAACCAUAAUAAGACUGCCCCCCCCCCUCGACAUUUUUUGUGAAAAAUCCGCCGCGCAAAUUUUUUUGACCGCUUCACUCACUGACUUUUUACUUUCAAGUCUCGCAUAACUUUUGAGACCAAAAUUACGACCCCCGGGUUCGCGGUUUCAAAAUUACGCAACAUUUCGUAAGUGCAUGCAGACCCAAAAUUGCUCAAAAUCGUGAAUUUGUGUACAAAGCCAAUGCAAAUAGUAUUUUUAACCAAAAUUCAUAAAUGCAUCAUUAUUUUUCCUUUCAUUGAUUAAAUAAUUUAUUUCAUCUUGUUUAUGGUCAAAAUAAAGUCCCCGACUAUUUCCAUUGAAAAAAACAAAGAAAUACAGAAAUUUUGUAGUUUUGUAGAUUAUGCCAUGGGUAAGGCGUGUGCCAAUUUUCGUCACGAUCACACGAUCAACGACGUCAAAAUAGCCCAGUCUAUUUAGGGUUAAGACUGGACCUGUUCCUUGAAGCCACAUUGCAUGUUUUAAUUGCUCCACCGGUCUCUCUUAAAAUGUUAUUGUAUCUAUUGGAGCAAAUUGUGAAUUGCUUUGUAACUGCAAGGAAAGUCACCUUACCAAAUCAAUUGGGUUAGAUUGUGUGUGAAUAAUAUUCUGAUUUUUUUGGGGGAAAAAAAAACUUCAGUGUAAACAGAUUCCUGUUUAUAGUCACUUCACAAUUUUGUUUAUUCAAAAUGUCUAAUUCUUACAUUAUUGAAAAAAAAACUGCAAGUAUUUUUGGUUUGUUCUUGCCACAAAGAUAGCCAUCAUCAUGAAAAUGGUGAGUUGUAUACAAUUUUUUUUUCAAUCAUUGAAGUGCCUGGACAGGUUUUGUGUAGUCACUACUGAAAUGAACCAAAAUUUUAAAUGAUUAGUAGAGAGUGUGUAUUUAGAAUGUGAAUGUUUUCCUAACUCAGGUGGAGUAUGUAUUGUAGAUGUUUUGCUUUUGAUAGCAGGGUGAAUGUAUCACAUGAAUGGCAUUGUGGUUAUGUUUAUUAGAGCAUGGUGUCAAUUUUGUUUUCUCUCUUUUGGGUCAGUAUUUACCACAUGAUAUGAAACAGAUCUGAAAUGAAAAAAUAAUUUGAUGGAACUUUGCAUUGUUCGUAAUAUGUUGCAAUGUUUAUAAUACCAUUAUAUGUUUGCUUUUUCUGUACUAUGAUUUUUUUUUAAAUAUUUAAUGUUUACUUGUAAAAUUUUCUAUUGAACUGGAUAAUAUUGUUUUGAUAUUUCGAGUCUACUUAAAGUAAUACAUGAUAUUCAUAGUUUUUCAAACUAAACAAAUGUUUUUAAAUAUAUGCCAAGAGGAUUAUAUAAACAUUGAAAUAAGAUGUUAUAGUAUGUUUAAUUGUCUUUCUAAUCUUAACGGCAAAAAAAAUCUUUUCUUGGACAUCCCACAGAAAAGUUUGAUAUAAAAUUGUCUUUGAGAUUCGUAAUCUAUUAAAAUCUACAGAAAUUGGCUCUUGGUUUUUCAACUGAUAAAGUACCUUUAUGUCAUUGUAAACUGUCUUUGUGUGCUGUACAUGUAGGAAAUUUUUUUGUCUUUCUGACAUUUGUUAAAGAAAACGAAACAAAUUAUAGGAGAAAAAGGAGGUAAUAUACUCGAUAUUCAAUUCUAUUCAAAGGUAAGUGUUACUGCCUUAAUAGGAAUGUAAAUAAAAUAUUCUAUUGUUAAGGACAAAAGCCAUUUGUUUGAAAGAAAAAAAAGUAUAAAUGGACAAGUUUGUAUGAGUCUUGGUAACUUAUUUGACUAUGGAAUGGCAAUGUAUAAAUGGACAAUUUUGUAUGAGUCUUGGUAACUUACGUGACUAUGGAAUUGAAAUGAUGAUAUCUAUUAUGUACCAAGGGUGAUAUCUAUUCCAGCAAUCCCUGCAUGUUAUUAUUACCCUUCAUUCUAGUGCAGUAAGUGACUCGCAACUUGUUCAUAAAGCAGGCACUCAAACUCUGAGUCAUAGUAACAUGAAUUUAAGUAGCAUUACAUACCAGUAAUGAAAAAUGCAUGGAGGAUACAUCCAUUAUUAUAUGGAAGUUUGAUGAGUAUUAUGAAGCAUUAUCUAGGUAUAACUGCGUAAGCAACAUUUUCGAAUUUUUUCCUUGUGAUGAAAUUAUAUGGGUUUUUUUUGUUCAUUUUGGAUUUGUUUCUGCUCCAGAACACUUCUAUUUUUUUCUAUGUUCAUAAAGAGUUUCUACCUUGUAUUCAAAAAAUGUUGGGAAGUGUUCUGUUAAUGAAGACGUUUUAGUGGUAAUCUAUUUUUAUCUGAUAUCAUCUUUAAAGAGAAGUGAAAACAGAACACAGAAAUGUGGAAUAAAGUAAAUUUUGAUCUGAAAUUCUGGUAAAAACUAAA